AUGUUCGCCGCCGAUCUGUGGAGUUCGGUAAAUGGGAUGUGCGGUAUAGAUGGAAGUCCCCUCCUCGCCCUCGCAUCGCAAAUGCAGGCUGGUGCUCCGACAUCAACCUGCACCAACGGGCCGAACUCGCGCGAUUGCUGGAGCCAGGCUUUCUCCAUCGAGACCGAUUUUGAUGAGGACUGGCCAGUGACUGGUAACACAGUCUCUUACGAACUUACGAUUAGAAACGCCACGAUCUCACCAGAUGGCUACGAACGCCAAGGCUUCACAAUCAACGGGCAAUAUCCAGGUCCUACCAUCUACGCAAACUGGGGAGACACCAUUCGGGUGACGGUAAACAAUGAGAUGGAAGAUAAUGGAACCACAAUUCACUGGCAUGGCAUGCGUCUGUAUCACAAUAAUGGACAAGACGGGGUCCCUGGAGUCACCGAGUGUCCGAUUGCGCCAGCAUCACGCAAAACCUAUACCUUGACUGCAACGCAGUACGGGACGAGUUGGUACCAUUCACACUUCUCUUCACAAUACGGAGAUGGCGUUUGGGGACCAAUUGUCGUUCACGGACCUGCUUCUGCAGACUACGAUGAGGAUCUUGGUCCAUUGCCAAUUACUGAUUGGUACUAUCCUGGCGUCUUUGUCGUCUCCGCACGAGCGCAGCACCAGAACGCUCUGGCACCAACAGCAGACAACGGUCUGAUCAACGGAACCAUGGUCUCGACCUCAGGCGGCUCGUAUGCCCGCACAACACUGAAGGCUGGCAAGAAACAUCGAGUCCGCUUCAUCAAUACUGCAGUCGACAACCACUUCCAAGUCUCGCUCGACGACCACACCAUGACCGUGAUAUCCGCCGACUUCGUCCCCAUCAAGCCCUACAACGCAUCUUGGAUCUUCAUCGGCAUCGGCCAACGCUACGAUGUCAUCAUCAACGCCAACAAAUCCCCAGGCAGCUAUUGGUUCCGCGCCGAAGUCCAAGAAACCGCAGGCUGCGGCUCCAACUUCCAAAACAGAAACAUAAAAUCCAUCUUCUCCUACGAAGGCUUCGAAGACGAGGAGCCAACCACUUCCCCCACAUCCUACACUCAACGCUGCACCGACGAGACCAAUCUCGUCCCAUACUGGAACUCCUACGUCCCAUCAGGCAACAUCGUACGCAGCGGCGACUUCACCCGCCUCGAAACAGCAAUCAACCAAUCCACCGCCGCCGACGGCUCCCUCACCCUCUACUGGCAAGUAAACGGCACCCCACUCCGCGUAAACUGGUCCGAACCGACACUCGGCACAAUCAGCAAAAACCCAUCCUACAACUCCUGGCCUGACCGCGCCGGUGUGAUCUCUCUGUCUUCCGAAUCGAAAUGGACAUAUUGGGUCAUAACCGAAGGAAUCGGCUCACCCUUCACAGUCAACAUCCCGCACCCGAUUCAUCUGCAUGGACAUGAUUUUUAUGUGUUGGGUUGGGGCAGUAGGGCGUGGAGGGAGUCUGAUGCCGAGGGUUUGAAUUUCGAGAAUCCGCCGAGAAGGGAUGUGGCGAUGUUGCCGACGAAUGGGUGGUUGGCGUUGGCCUUUCAGACGAAUAAUCCGGGGAGUUGGUUGAUGCAUUGUCACAUUGCUUGGCAUGCGGAUGAAGGGUUCGCUGUUCAGUUUGUUGAGUCGCAGAGUACGAUGUUGGAUGUUGAUCCUUUGCCUUCGGAUUAUGAGUCGCAGUGUGAUGCUUGGAAGGAAUAUUACCCGACUUCUGCGGCCUUCUUGCAGAGUGAUUCUGGAAUAUAG